CGAAUUUUACCCUGGUUCACCACAACUUGUGGCUAAUCCAGCCUCCCGAGAGACUCUCUCGAGCUACACUACUAUCUCGUUAAGCUUGCGGGUGCUUAACAAACCGUUACAACUUGAGAGUUCGAGUCACACGAACCUCAACGAAUCCUUCAAAGGAAACAGACCUUCCUUUGAAUCAACGAGAGAAAUACUUUCUCUCAACGUGUCUAAGAACACAAGUACACUCAAGAACGAGACUCUCUUGUAGAGUAGAUUAUGAGUAAACUAAGUACGCUCAAGAACAACUCAACCUUCACACACAAAUGGCUCUAGAAAGCNCCCAAACACCCCUUUUUAUAGUGCAAAAUUAGGCUCCAACGGACCAAUACAUUAAAGGGGUGAUUAGCUUGAUUUAUGGGAUUGAAAAAAUUUGGGAUCUGCAGAAUAUUGGCUUCCCAUCGAUGUUUAGACUCAACCAUCGCUGGUAAGCCAAUUUUCCUUCAGUUUUGAAGUCAACGGUCGCCUACCCAUCGAUGGGUACAAGCUUCCCAUCGCUGGGUGGGAGGUUGACUUCCAAACAAGGAAAGAAUCAACCUUUAAUGACCACCAACGGUCAUGCCUUCCCAUCGAUGGUAUACCCUUACCAUCGCUGGGUUCCCAUCGAUGGGACAGAGUGAAAACCAAUCAUAAAAAGUUGAAAACCACUUGGUUGGUUCGGACGCCAAAAACCCUAGCCGAUAACCGGGAGCCGAACGCCGGUUUCUGAAACCCGAACGCCGGAUGGCUUGGUUUUUGGUCAGUUCCUUUUCUCGCCGCCAUGAUUGUUUCAGAUUCCGAUUCGGCUACCCCAUCGUCCAAUUCUCGCCAAGCCGAUCAAUCGGCCUCUGGCCGUAACCCCGGCCACACUCAAUCACCCGAGCCGUCACCGUCGGCCGUGUCUGGCCAUAAACGGCGUCGAUUGAGGAAGCAAUUCCCUUCCUCAACCCCGGUAAACGAGGGCUCGAGGGUUGGAUUGGACGAAAAUAUCAUGGCGCUGUGCCAUUGCCAGAUUACUGACCGGGGGUUCGCCGAUGCUACUGACAUGGUCGGACCUUCCAUUGAAGUCAUGAGACCUACCAGCACCCAAACCGCCCUGGACGCCCCUUCAGGGUUUGAAGAAGGGGCUGCGCUUCCCACUCCACCCGCUUCUGAUCGAAUUCCUCAACGUGGUGGACUUUCUUCCGUGUCAGUUGGUCCCCAACUCUCACCGCUGACCAAGGGCCAUAAGGAUUGGGCGUCCUAUGCCAGCCUUUCCCAGAGGUCCAGUAAGCUCUUUGCUAGUGACAAGAAGGGGUCGACCAAAGACUGGAAACCCUUCUUCGUUUUUGUCUCGACGAGGCCCGAAUCUCCUUUCACAGGUUCAGGGCGCCCUUCCUUCCGCCGCAUCCCAUGCCCCCCACCUGACGCCACCCUUUUGUCCAUUACUCGCCAACUCUGCAAUAAGGGAGUUAUGAACAUCAAAGAGGUGGUGACAGAGGAAACCCUUGCCGGGUUGGGGUUUGAGUUUGUUCAGGAUGAGCUUCGCCACCAACCCGACCUACUGAGGGACAUCCCUGGGGGGCAUCAGCCCGUCCAGCUGAAGGACAUUCCUGAGGAAGGUCUUGACUGUGGUCCUUUUGGAGAAGAGAUGGACGGCGAUCUCCUACUCAGUCGCUUCACUGCAGGAAGGAAGAUGAAGAGAGAGGCGAAGGGCCAGGGCAAACGCUCUUCGUCCUACCACGGGGAAGGUCCUUCCCGAGAGCCGGCUGUGAUUGUAGUGGAAGACCAGGAUGAUGCUACCCUGGAAACGGGUGCAAUGACGAGCCAUUCCUCUCCUCACUCUGUGAGGCCGGGCGGCGACCUCGCUGGGUCGUCACAAGGUGUCGCCUCGGAGCGACCUCCUUCGCCUCCCGCGGUGACCUACGAGGUGGCGACCGGGGGUCGCUCGACGAGGCUUUGCAUUCCUCCUCUGCCCCAAAGCUUAGGGGACGUGCAACUGGAGACCCUGAUCACCCUGCCCGCGGAGGACCAUGCCCGCAUCUCGGCCGGUUCUGAGGACGACCUUGAUAACAUGGUCCUCUUGAGGCUAAGCCAAGCUACGCUGGGGAUGAUCGAGGUGCUUGGCAGAAGACGGGGUCACCAAGCUGCCUUGGGCGAGGCGUUGAAGACAUCGGAGGCCAAGCAGAAAGAAUUGCAGGAGGAGGUCGCCCGACUCACAAAAGAGCUGGGGGAAAAGGAAGAUUGUUGGGCGGCGCUUGCUGCAGAGAAAACUUCCAAGGAGAACCGCUGCGCCGCCCUUGAGGCAGACAAGGCUUCCUUGUCCCUGGAGGUAGAUUCUGUUUCUGCUCGCGUGGUCGAGCUGGAAGGGGAAAAGUCUGACCUGAUCCUGCAGUUGGAAGUGGAGAGGAGCGACCGGGUCCGCCAUGCAGAGGAAGCGGUAGAAUCCUUUAAGUCUUCUCCUGACUUCACGAUGGUCGCGAUGGAGCAGAUGGAAGAGCUAACAGCCGCUUGGCUCAAAACCGAACCUGGGGCUCAAUGGAUGGUCAAGGAGGGGACCAAGUCCUUCAAUUGUGGACUCUUCCGCGCCCAACAGGUCUUCCGCGACAGACUGGCUCAGCUCCCCAAAGGAUUCUCUCUUCCCGACCUUGGCUUCCCUCCUCCCUGUCGUUCCUUGGCCGAGUUUGACCCCAGUCCUUAUCUGGACGGGGGGAGCUCGAGUGCGUCGGAAGAAGAGGAGGAAGAAGGAGUGGAAGGCGGUCAAGGCGACCAGGAUCCGGGGACCAGCUUAGCCACAUCCAAGGCAGGUGGAAAUCCUAGCUCGAGCGCCUAACCUCCCGUGUUGUUCCCCCAGAGUUUUGUAAACACUUGUUGUUUUUUCCUUUGAAAUGACUUGUUGUUUUGAUACAAUGUCCACAUGUUACUUGACUCGUUGGAUCCACUAUGUGCCUUCCUUUUUCAGCGUUUU